AUGUUUAGAAAGAUGAAGAGUAUAGUGUUUGGUGGCGGUAACAACAAUAGUACCGCCACCAAUAAUACUACCAAUGUACAACUAUCAACAAAUGAACAACAACAACAUCAACAGCAUCAACAACAACAUAUUGAUGAUGACAAAGAGAAUGUACAACAACAACAACAUCAUCAACAUGAUGUGACACCAGAGGUCACUUCACCAAUGUCUUUACAUCCUCUUACACCGCCAACACCUCCAAACUGGAUGCGUCUUACCAUGAACAUACCACCGAUGGCAGCACUCAACAACAAACAAGUCGAGUCUCCAACUUAUCAAGCACAACAACAGACACAACAACUUACACAACAACAACAGAUAGAGAUAGAUACUACUCCAAUCGAUAUAUGGAGUAUAAUGAUUGAUAGUGAUGUGGCCGCGAUUAGACAGGGCGCUGCGGUGACUUCAACAACAAAACUGAGAGUGCUAUGGCAGGAGUAUGUGGCGAGCAAGUCUGAGAAGGACAGGUUGGUCAAACUCAACAUGGUACUGCCGCACUUUAUCGCCCUGCUCGAGGAGCAUGGCAUCGACCUGCAAAACAUGAACGAUAUAUUCGUCGGCGGCAACACCAAGGCGUUUGCAUUCGCCGUCAUCAAGCACUUUAUCAAGGACAUUCAGGAGCUGACGCAUGCACACGGCUCCAACAAGUCAGAGAUCGUUCGCUACCUCACCCAAUGUGGGCCAGCCAGCUGCGGCUUCGAACUGAUCUACACCAUCGAGUUGCUCUCAUCGUGCAAGGCUGCGUGCGAUGUGAUGGUGGAGCAGUCCAUGCCAUCAUGUCUGGUGCGUGUACUACAGUACAUGUUUGUGUCGCCCUACACCCUGCUGGAGGAGUUCAAGGGCGUCGUGGAGGACCGCAUCAUCAACAUACUCUACAACAUCAUAUCACACAAGGGCGCACUGGAGGAACUGCAGCGAACAGACGCACUGGCCCUCUUCUUCUCCCUACUUGCCAACAACCAACAAUCACACAACGCACUGCGGAUCAAGAUGAUGCUAAUCCCUCAUGCCUUGACCGACCUUCAAUCAAACACAAUCCAUUAUAUCAACGACAAGAAGAUUAUACAUAAUGCCAUUCAUAGCCUGAGUAGUGGCAGUGGCGUCAGUGGCGUCAGCGGCAGCAGUGGACAACAACAUACCGAGGCGUCGGUCAGGCUGAUACAGGUACUCGUCAAAUUGCUUCAAGAGUCCUGCAAGCGAUCAGUAUUGUUAAUGGAUGACUUUACGCGAGCUGGUGGAUACUUACUUCUUGUCAACACAUUGGUACACUUGGAUCAGGUGGCGCCAUCUUCACACGCAUCACCAUCACUCUCAUCAUCAACCUCAACAUUAUCAUCACCAUCACUUGGAUCUGGAUCAGGGUCAUUAUCAUCAAAGGACAACGAACUGUUCAGCUGUCUAUUGGACUGUGUCUAUGCAUUGACCUGCGUUGGACAUGGACCGAUCACACUCCAUCAUGCCAGCGAGGGUCUAGAAAUACCCUACCAGAAACCAAUCACACAAUCCAUCAUCAAAGAUAUAGCGCAUCAAGAGAGCAUCGUAAGGAACGAGGCUGCAUUCAAAGUGUUUGAACAGUACUUCCUGCGGAGCAACAUCGAAGUGAGACGCGAGCAACUACUUGAGCGAAUCCUCACAUUGUACACCAUCAAUCCAAUUAACUACCAACUACUUCGACAUCAUGAUACACUGGCCAAGUUCAUCCUGAUGUACGCCGAGCUUGGCGACCUUCUAAAGCUACACAUUAUGACGAUUGUUAGUGCAGUUGUAACAAAGUUGGAAUGCGUACCAUUUCAAGAGCUGCGAGCUUACUCAUCUUUGAUCAUGAAUGGACAGCCAUCAUUGUCCACACUCGACGUCGUCUAUCAGCUGAUAACGACAAUCGUGAACUUUGAUCACAAGUAUCGCCAGAUGAUUCGCGAGGCAGGACUGUUGGACGGCCUGCUCAGCGUGAUCGAUCGAUACCGCACACAGAUAACCCUGCCACCCAAUCACAAGCUUGUCGAGGCCUACCCCAUCGUCCUUGACGCCACAUACAUGUUGUUAGGCGACAACACAGACAACCUCAAUUAUGCCAGGAAAUGUGAUCUCGCUCAGACCCUGUUGACGUUGGUGCCUCACUCAUUCGUUCGAUCAAAGGCACUUAGGAUUGUACAGCAGCUGAUCAAGCACGACCCUGACACAUCACAGCAAGAGUUUAACGACCUGAUAUGCACGCUGAAAGGUCGUAGCACACGCAUGCGUACAGACAUUAUCAAUGCCAUCAACAAGUUGUUCAACAUCUCAAAGUUUGCUAGGGAUUCAUUCCGCGAGCAUGAUGGUUUCGUAGCCAUCCUCUCAGUGUUGCUUCAAUUGGAGUCAUGCUUUAAGGAGUGUGAUGACUACAACAACAAUGGCGUUGGCGCGCCAAUAUUGGACAGCUGCGACAACAGAGACAACAAAGAGGAGUAUAUUGAGCAGAGAUUACUGCUGUUGGAAGCGAUAUGUAGGGUCACAACAUCGGCAAUGUCGGGCAACACGAACAAUCGAACGUCAUUCGAGCAGCAGAUAGGAUACUCGACAUUUGCACGCGGUCUUAUAAUGACGGGCGUGCUGCAGACUGAGCACGCGACACGUGUUGUCAGCCAACUGUUUGACAUGACCACAGAGAACCUGAGCGGCAGGACGGACGACGACUGCUGCAUGCCCAUUAGGAACGUCAAUGCCUUCAUUGUCAUUAUGGACAUCAUUCCUGAGAUUGCCAACCCAGUGCACGUGCAGGAGAUCGUCAAGCGCAUCAGUCAGAUGGCCAACUAUGGUCGCUCUAACCAGGAGUCACUGGCCAAGCUGUCGAUCCCCGACUGGAUCCUGACCAAGUUCUCUGAGACCCUGGUCGACAGCAGCGAUCCUCUGCAGCCACAUCUUCUCAGUCUGAUGCAGACCGUCGGCGCCAACUGUCUGUCUGCGUCCGAGCUGCGCCAGUUUGUCAAGUUGCUGCAACUGGACAACUCUCCAGCCGUUCUGCUCAAGAUCCUGGCUGCAAUGGCCCAGUCGCCGCCCACUCCACCAUACUUUGAGUUCAAUCCAAACGACAAGUUGUCGUACGCAUACAUACACUUGCCACUACAGCAACAUGCAUGGCCGCCCGCCAGCGGCUACACCAUUCUCUUUUGGCUGUACAUUGAGAAGAGCGGACCACAGAUCGACCUAAUGCACCUCUACUCAGACGACAAGAAGUCAAGCGUGGCACUGCUGAUCAAGAACGGCACGAUGAUGCUCAGCGUACUCAAUGGCAACAAGUUCACCAUCGAGUUCCCCGAGCGCUUUGAGCAGGGCCGCUGGUACCACGUCGGUCUGGUUCACUACAAUCGCCGUCUGUUGGCUGGAAGUGAGGUCAAGCUGUUCAUCAAUGGCUUCCCCUCGAAGCACACCGUGUCCAAGGCACAAUACCCUGCCAUGGCCACAGCUGGAAGCAACUUGUUCUGCGAGAUUGGCACUGGAGCCAUUGGAAACAGAUAUCCUGGCGAGCAAAUCUGGCGCAUUGGCCAAUUCUACAUGAUUGAGGACACGCUAAACACUGAGCACAUCAACUCGAUAUUCUUCCUGGGGCCAAACUACUGCGCCAACUUCCAGGGCAAGUUCGCGCCCUACCAAACGUUCGAAAUCAUCAACCAUCACAACCUUGUGGCCAUCGAGGAGCUCAAGUACCACGACAGCCUCGGCCCACUUAACUUCACCAAGAUGUCUAUCAAGGUCGAUGAGAAGUCCAUCCUAGUGGGCCUGUGUGCGGACAACAAACGAAUCAAAGUACGUGGACAGUGCGUCAAGAGCACGAGCGAGAAGACACAGUUGCCUCCCCAGAUCGAUUGUGUCAUUGGCGAGACACGCAACAAUGUGGACUUUGGCGUCAAAGACAUUGAUUUCACCGAGGAGAUCAUCAAUCAGAGCGUGCGACAUCAGCGCGGCCAACUCAUGGGCUGCAUCGAGGCUUUCCGUGGCAACAAGGUGGCCGACGAUAUCGCCAAGAUUGGCGGCAUGUCUGUCAUCCUGAUGCUGCUUGAGAAGGCCAAGACGCACGAGACCUUUGAGGAUGCCAUCCGUCUGCUAGUUGGUGUCGUCCAGAACCAUCCCAAGAACACCCACGAGAUGACCCAGAUCAAUGGCUACGAAGUGAUGGCAUGGAUCUUGAAAAGCCGUCCACACCUCUUCACGACAAGCACAGUGGACUUGCUGUUUGACCUCGUGGGCAUCAACGGCAACACGACGGUAACGGGCGUUGUCAAUCGCCGCGAGGGUACCAUAUCCAACUGGAGCGCUUGCAAGCGCCUUCUGAUGAACCACACGAUCUGGAAGCACCUGAGUGUCGAGCUGCGUCAGUACAUGCUGAUGGGCCUGCAUGAUGUCAUCGUGGACAACCAUCAGUACAUGUUCAACACGGCCAUCUUGCGCAAGUUGCGUAUUGUGCAGGACCUCUUUGACAUCCUCAACACAGACACUGUGUGCGAGGAGACUGUCAACAUCGUUAUCAAGAUGUUGUACGCGGUGUUUUGCGAGAAGCUAGUCGAGCAAGACAUUGGCGUGCUGUCGGCCUUCCUCAUUUGCGGCCUAAACAUGAAGCAUCAGCGUCGCCGCCACGUACCAGUCGACACGCGCAAGAACCGGAUCAUCAACUCUGUGCUCCAGAUGUUCCUCCAGGUCAUCACGGUGACCAAGGACACCAGCGCCAUUUACGCGCGUGUCUCACCCUUCUGGUGCUUCUUCUUUAUCCGCGAAGCCCAUCCCCCACUGUCCGUGUCGCUGGCGCUCAAGAUCGUAUGUGCACUGUUCCUGAUCAAGCCCAACUAUCUCGCCACAUUCAUCAAGAAGGAUGGAUUCCGUCUGCUGGAAGUGUCGCUGGCCAAGUUCCACUGCCACCAGGAGAUCUACCUCACCCUGCUACACUUGCUUCUGGGCAGCAGUCCACCCGCCCUGCUCGAUCUGCACGCCGCCGAGACGCCCAGUCGCCUCGACCUGCACAUGCUGAUCAAUCUUCAUCGCUCCAGCGAGAAGAAGUUGUACAGCAUCGAUGCCGCGCACCUCAUUCUCUCAUUGAUCAGGCGAUCAUUCGAAGAGAUCAAGUCUCCAAGCAAUGCUGCACAGUUUGGAUCAUUCGUCGACAGUAACUUCAACAUGUUGGCUGGUGGACUCUCAUUCUCAUUGUCCCCCAUGGUUGCGCUCCAAACGCCACCAAGCGGUAGCAUGUUGCCAGCAUCACCAUUGUCGAUUGCUCAGUCUAUCGAUCAGCCAUUCCCAAACACAACGCCUACCUCAUCAACUUCGACCACGACAACGACGAUGAUGCCAUCGCCAAUAUCAAUCAGUCAAUCAUCGAGUACCAGCCUUUUGUCAAUGGACAUUGGCAUCGCACCAACCAUGUCCACGUCGAUCACGAUUGAGGCCAUCUCCAACAUGAAUCAUACAGUGCUCAAGUACCUCGAGUACCUGUUCAACGAGAACCCAAGUUUCCAGACCGAGUGCUACAGCGUCACGACCAUCGAGUACCUCAUCUCCAUCCUCUUCCCUCACGAGACAUUCGCUCUCCAUCCAACAACUACCAUGAGCACGCCACUCAUGGACCCAACACAACAGCAGAACACAGGAAUAGGCACGGGAAUGAAGAAGGACCGCGUGCUCGACCUCAUCCUCAACCUGUUGUGUCAGAUCGCACUGUCUGCGCUACACAAGUCCAACAAGGCCAUCCAGAUCAUUGAGGCCGUGCUAGACUCAACGCCAACAUUUGCUCGCGAGGAAGACAUCAUUGCCUAUCAUCAGCGCAUGUUGGGCGACAUCCUCUAUGUGAUGGAGACCAAUAUAACCAAGACUGAGUUUGUGGAGAUGAGCGACAACAGACUGGUACAGGGCAACUUUGUGAAGUUCUGUCAGAUGGUUGUGGACCGCGCCAACAUCGACAGCUACAAGUCGAUCGCCAAACGCGUAUUCCUGUUCCUCGUGCGCGUCCUGGACAAGUUUGACGCUGACGACCGUCGCUCGCCCAAGCAGGUGCAACAGCUCUAUCGCAGUCUCAAUAGAGUGAUCCUCCUCCUGCUCACCAGUCCUGAGCUCGAGGCCGAGCGCUACUUCACCAUCAAUCACAUCAUCAAUCAUCAGCGCAUUGUGAUCAGCGCCAACACAGGCGACACAGACUUUGUCCUUUCAUUCUGCUACCGCCUCUACAAGCUCAUUGGCGAGGACACCACUGGCACAGCACUCAAGCUAUGGGCUCUGCUACUCCUGUUGCGCUCUCCCUUCUCCGACACCAUCGAUUCGUUGCUGUGUCUAAAGUCGCAGAACCGUGGUGGCGAGGUUCUAGACCUGCGUCCAGGCUUCGAGUUGAUGGUCAAUGACAUCAAUCGCUUCGAGGAGUGGCUACGCGAGAAUCAGACAUCAGUCGAGGUCGUGUUUGAGGAGAAUGCCAAGCGUGUACAUCAGGCCUACCUCAAGACAGAGAAGAAGAUCGAGGUGGAGAACUCGAGCGCAUAUUCCAGCGCCAAGAAGGACCGCGAGGCCCGCCGCGACAGGGAUAAGAAGCGCGUGUCGGACAACAGUCUGGAGAACCAGAUACACACGAGUAAGAAGAUCGGACAGUUCAAGGCGGCCGAGACCGAACGCGCAAAGCGCAUCAAGAACAACGAGAAGAGUCGCAAUCGGUUUAUCUCCAAGCAGCUCAAGAUGAUGCUUGACCAGGUGACGCGUGAGCGUGCCGUGUGGGGCCCAUCCGGCUCGUCGCCACUCGACAAGUUCAAGCUGGACUCUACCGAAGGCCCGUACCGCAUGAGGAAGAAGAUGGAGAAGAACUACGACUUUUACAAGAACUAUCGUUAUAUCGAGGCUGCGACCGUCGCUGAGUCCGAGGCCGCCACCAUCAUUGACUCCUCAUCAGUGAUGGCCCCCACCAGCGAGGACAGCAAGAGCUUCAUGGAGUUGAUCAGGGAUCCAUCGACUGUCAAUCAGAUCGAGUCUGCAUAUUGGAAGACGUUGGAAUCCACCGAGUCACCAGAGGCAUCUCCAAUGCUUCUAAGCAGCACAGCCAACAUGCCUCCACCUCCACCUCCUCCCCCAACCACUGGCAGCGACAACACUCGCAGCCGACCGUCCACACCCGCAACGCCCUCAUCCAACAAGGGCACUCUAUCAAGUAGUGGAGGAAGUAGCAGCAGCAUCAACAGCAUGGACAUCACAAGUACAUCGUCCAGUAUCAACACAAAGCUCAUCUCAGAGUCAACCAUCGAUACCUCCGCAUCCGACCUCACUCCACCCGAGUCAUUGCGCUCUUCCACAGAUGAGUCCAUCGUACAAUCACCAUGCGCACAUGGGCUGGCCGACGACAACAACAACAACAAUAACAACAAUGACGAGGACGAUGAGACGGCAACGGACGAUAUGUCCAGCUCUCUGCCAGUUCACAACGCACCACUUGAUCAUGAUGUGGACAUUGCCGAGGCCAACAUGGACGACACAGACAGCGACAAUGACGACACAAACAACUCGAUGAGCAACAACAACAACAACAAUGGUAGCGAAGAGGAGGACAACCUAUCAUUCACAAGAAUGCUCGACACAACAGACCAGGCAUUCAUGCGCGCCAAGAAGGAGGGCGACCCACGCCUCAGCACCGUGCUUUACAACUGUGGUGCGAUCGACGGCAUGGACAAGGUGGAGAGUAUCUUUUUAUUGUGCGUGCAUAACAUGUACAUCAUCAACGGAUACUCCAAGGAUGACAAGACUGGCGAGAUAUCCGAGGUCGAAGAGAAGCUGAACCUGGAGUGGCUGCUCGAGGGCUCGCUCAUGCCCACUCGCAAGGUCAUCUCGCACAACUGUCUCAAGCUCUCCUACGACGAUGUGCAGGACAUACUCAAGCGUCGCUACCUACUACGCGACGUUGCCAUAGAGUUGUUCUCAACGGAUGGUCGUAACACUUUGGUGGUCUUUUCCGAUUCACUGACACGCGAUGCCAUCCACAACGACGUCGUGAUGAACAUGCCCGGAUACGCGACGGCAGGCGACAUAGGCACGCUGAGCAGCUCGCACAAUGUUGAGGACGAGCGAGCGUCAUCAAUGUGGCGCAAGUCACAGACAUUGCUCUGGCAACAGGGCCUGAUCUCCAACUUCCAGUAUCUGAUGUACCUCAACACUCUGGCAGGCAGGACCUACAACGACCUGACCCAAUACCCUGUGUUCCCGUGGAUCCUGUCAGACUACACUAGCGAGGAGCUCGAUUUGGCCAAUCCUGCCAUCUACCGCGACCUCGCCAAGCCAAUGGGCGCGCAGUGUCCCGUGCGAGCACAGAAGUUCACCGAGCGAUUCGAGUGCUGGGAUGACCAAGAGAUCAAUGAGCUGGGCCAUCUCGUUCCCAAGUUCCACUAUGGCACGCAUUAUUCAUCGUCAGCCAUCGUACUCUACUACCUUCUGCGUCUGGAGCCCUUCUCACAGCGCCACCUCAAGAUGCAGAGCGGCCGAUGGGAUCAGGCCGACCGCCUGUUCAACUCGAUCGCCGACACAUGGGCCGUCUCGUCCAAGGGCUCCAUGACAUCGAUCAACGAGCUUAUCCCCGAGUUCUUCUACUUGCCCGACUUCCUUCGCAAUGACAACCGCUUCAACUUUGGAACUACCCAGACGGACGAGGUCAUUGACGACGUGGUGCUGCCACCCUGGGCCAAGGGCUCGGCGCAGGAGUUUGUCAACAUGCAUCGCAAGGCACUAGAGUCGGACUACGUGUCCGAGCACCUUCACGAGUGGAUCGAUCUGAUCUUUGGCUACAAGCAGCAGGGCAAGGCUGCAGAGGAUGCGCUCAACGUGUUCUACUACUUGACCUACGAGGGCACAGUCAACGUGGACUCAAUCACUGAUCACAUCAAGAAGGAGGCCGCCAUCACACAGAUCAACAGCUACGGACAGACGCCACGCCAACUCUUUGACAAGCCACAUGAGAAGCGCAAUCCGGCAAACUACACCGUGCCAUUCUACUACAAGACGAUGGGCAGCGUGCUGAUCAAGGACAUUGGUGAGCCGGUCGGUCAGAUCAGGGUGUUGAACGAACGAACACACUUCAUUGCCGGACUCACCAAGCACUUUGUCUCGCCAAACUACCACAGCUACAUCUUGUGGGGCUUGCCCGACGGCAGCAUCAGACUACACAUCAAUGACAUCCGAGGCUCAGUUCGUGUGCUCGAGGACCAUCAUGAUGGUCCCCUGACCAUAUUGACAUCCACAUCCGAUGGCUACACUGGAGUGAGUGGAGGAGCGGACAGCAUGAUCUGCGUGUACAACAUGCGACAGAAGAAGCUAUCGUUGGCCAAGCGAUUGGUUGGACACACGGGCUCCAUCACGGCGCUCACCACUUCCAGGUCCUACUCUGUCAUUGUCAGUGGUUCAGAAGAUCAUACCUGCAUCAUUUGGGACUUGAACAGGCUCACCUAUUCCAAGACGCUCACGGGUCAUGAUAGUCCUAUCUCGUGUGUGGCCGUGCACGACACUACUGGAGACGUUGCAACAUGCGCCGGCUCAACCAUCAAUAUCUACUCAAUCAAUGGACAGCUGAUACUUUCACACCGCACUUCGCAGAUUGUCUAUGACCAGAUCACCUCAUGUCUCUGGGCCAAGGGUCGCGAAUGGCUUGGCGAGAACGUUCUUAUAACCGGCCAUCGUGAUGGCAAGAUCAAGGUUUGGUCCAUGGAGAACCAGCCCAUUGCACAAACAACAUCAUCAUCUUCAGCCGUUGGCGUUGUUGUUGAAGAUGCUCCAGUCGAGCAGUUUGCUGGAACAAGGAAAACAAGCUGUCCCAAUACGAGGAAGAUUGAACUGGUGCUUCGAAUGACGCUAAACAAUCCAACAUCACACAUCAACUCCAUCACGACACUCUACCUUACCCUUGACCAACAGAAGCUGUACUCAGGUGAUAUUGAUGGCAAGGUGUACGCCUGGUCGGAGAUGGACCUGCCUACACAGGGUCGCCAACGAACGUGGAGCGUCUCUGCGCCCAAACCAAACAUUCAUUAA